AUGGCCAACGUGCAGUGUGCGACUCGGGACCAAGUACCGGGGGUGGAAAAGUCCGCUGUCUCAACGGCCUCGACAGUCACUAAAUCUCCAUCUCAGCGGAGCUCCAGCAAUGGUAGCAAGAAGAUUGUCAACUUUAUUCGCGGCAUCGGGAGAAGUUCAUCAAAAGCUUCAAACAAGGAUAAACACCCGGCCGAAGUGUCACCAACAUUGACAGAAGCUUCCAUGAACAGCUCAAGCACCGAUAGCAACUCCACCAGUGGCAGCAACAAAAAGCUGCGUCGAAGCCGCGUUCUCAAUGGGCCAGCCAUAGUCGGUCGAUCAGGCAGCUUUCAGUCGGCAAAGACGAUAACCCACCCUUUGGAUAUAGUGCCGGCCAGUCAGACCGUCACACCUGAGCAGAGGCAGUAUGCCACCUUUGCACAGUUUCCGCGCCGUCGACAUGACGAGUCCGAAGAAGACAGCGAAGACGACUGCUUCCAACGCACCUUUUCCCAAGUUAUUCGGAACGUUCUGAAUGAGCUUCCAAGUAGACACUUAUUCCUCGCUCAAAGUUUGAGACAAGAGCUGGCCGAUGGAGACUUGGGUGAGCCAGGACGUAUCAGCAACCCAACCUCUACUCCGCCAUCAAAAGCUGCGAUGUAA